CCAAAAAACUGUCAAUUGACCCGUAGCUACGACGGGUAUAAAAAGUAGCAUACACCCUCCAUGCCCUCGCUUCUCGCUCCGGGUGACCUCUCGCAAUGGACAAGGACCAAAUGCGAGCACCACGCCAGCGCCCUAGCGGGUUACCAAAAAUGCAAGCCGAGUCCAUACAAUGCCGGGUGAAUACUGCACAUAUGGUCGCUAACAUAUUUGGGCCGCAUCGGGCCGAAGCCACGGCGGCUCCUGCAGAAGGUGCCAGUGUAAAUUAUGGGCCAGGGGAGCUUGUGUGGGUGAAGGUCGCUGACGGCAAACCGUUUUGGCCGGCGCAGGUCCUGGAUCGCUUCACUAUCAUAUCGACUCUCAACCCUGAAAAGCGAGAUAACGAUGCGACUUUGGUGCAACUGUUUGGAAAGUACGACUGCGCCUACGUCACAUCCUCCAGCAUCGUCGCUUUCGAACCCAAUUUGAUCGCUCUCUGUUCCAAAUGCAAAUCCCGCCUUUUCAAAGCAGCGGUAGAUGAAGCGCUAGUCGCCAAUCGGAAAAAGUACCCAACAUCGUCUCAAAUUGCACCUUCCGCUCUGAAAAUCGACACCCGCCCAUCUACACCCAAACACCAGACCCCGGCACCCCCAACGCCCCCCGUAACAUCCAACCCUCACCUCACCCCGCAAAUUGUAGAAAAACGCCUGGCGUCCCAGACACCAUUCCUGGGCGUAACAUCAAGUUUCGCACUUCCCGCCACCCGCAUCGUCACCCCGCCGUCGCUUCAGUCCACGCGAUCCAGCUACAUCAAGGCGGAGAUUGACCCAUUGGGAAGAAUGACCGUCAGACGAAUGACGGGUUUACCAUCGCCGCAAGUCAGGACAGUGGCUGCGCCAGUUUCGCCGUCACCAAAGCCGGAGAAUCCAUUUGAUAGGUUGGAGGAGCUGUCUAGACAGGCGGUGCUCGAGAUUGAGGUGAGUGGAUUGGUGCCGUUCGCUAUGGGUCUGGCAUCUGUUCUGACAUUGUGAGUUUUUCAGAGAUUGGAGAAAUCUGGUCAGCGCUGAGCCAUCAUUCUCCGGUCAGGCGCUGUCCCCCUUCACUCUCCCAUGCUGACACGUUUAGGAGCACGGCCCCAUAACC